AUGGAAAUCCCUAAGAAUGCAAGCUGGAGCUUCAAAUAUCUGCUGAAAAUUAGGCCUGAUGUUGCUCACCUCUUUUCGAGUCAGGUCUGUGAUCUUAGUACGAGGCUGCCUACUCGGGUUAGGCUCUUGCGAAUGGGCCUAACCAUUGAAACUGAUAAAUACUUACUAUGUGGCAAUGAGGCAGAGACAAGAGAUCACAUGUUCUUUGAAUGUCGAUUUGCUAAGGAGCUAUGGGGCUCUAUUCUUGAACUGUGUUGCAUCUCUCGUGGAACUAGCAGUUGGGAUGGUGAACUGACUUGGGCUUCUCUGCUAUUCAAGGGUAAGUCUCUCAUUGUGAGAAUUCUUAAACUUGUUUGGACCGGUCACGUUUAUGGCAUAUGGAAGGAAAGAAAUGGCAGAUUGUUUAGGAGCAGAGCAAAAUCAAAGGAAGAAGUGCUGGGAGAUAUUAAGGAGACCAUCCGAGUCCGGCUGGAAGGCAAAUCUUUUAACAGAGCAGACUCUUCCAACACUGCCCUGUGUGUAAAGUGGGGCAUUGCCUGA